UUUGACGAUGUGCUUUAUGUCGAUGACGGACAUAAAGCGAUCCUCCCACUGGAUUAAGAAAUACAUUAAAUCGUCUGCCAUUUCUGCCGCGUUUAAAAUCAGCCGUUUCCGGAACAGCCGCUUACAUCAUAGAAAUUAUGAUUCGCGGUCUUUCUAAAUAGCCGAGACGAGAUGUUAUUGAUGUUCACUGGUUAUGCUUUCAAAAAUAUAUUUUUCAAUAUAAUAAUAUGCACACCAGAAGCAGCGAUAUAUUUCAGCAAUGCACGAAUUUCGUUUUUGUGAGGAUGUGAGCGACCAAAGCUAUCCGGAAGUCAACAUCGACAUGCCUUUCAACUAAGCUUUAACACCAAUUUACGUUGUCUAUAAGUGUUUAUGUGACAGUUUUGGUGUUCAGCUAGCAAUUUGCAGUCAUGGCCACCAAUGUGCAGAUAAAAGGCAAAGCUUCAAAGUUUGACUGUCUCAUCUGUAGCAGGAAUCUGUCUUCAAGGCAGUGACUUGAGACACAUAUGCAGGCAAAUCAUAACAGAAGUUCAGUGGAGUCUAGCUACAAAUGCAAACACUUUUUGAACAGGAUGCUUAAGUGUAGAAGCAAGUGGACAACAGCAAAAGAAAUGGUGUCUUGUAAAGUUGCAGGAAGACUCUUACCAGUCUCACCAGAUGAAUGCUGGGAAGGUCUUCUGCAGUCAACAAACUCAACUUCUGCAUUGGAUUUAAAAAAGUGUUUUCGUGUUGAAAUUAAUGGACAAAAGUACUUCAGUCAGGCAUAUCAGCGAAUGAAAAAAAGAACUUGUUAUUUUGUGGUUUGUCAUUCAGGUGAAGUAGUUUCAGUCAAGUUUUUUGUUGUUAACAAAGAAAAGAAAGUGUUUGCUGUCGUGAAAGUAUAUGAAAUACCUGAUGACUGUUACAUCCUUAGAUCUAGUGGCAGACAUAUAUUUAAAGUUGUAUCAACUGAAUGUCUGAAAACAAUUCAUGUGUCUGAGAUCAUGGAUAAACUUUUCUAUAUAGCUAUUGACAAUGCUGUAUAUGUUGUAUGUAUGCCAAACAUUCUAGGCAGAAUUGUGUUUAAGUAAGGUACAAACAGUCCACACGAAUGCCCCCCUAUCCAGUGGUUAGACCAAUAAAAUACUUUUCAUUAAAAAGAGUACUGUAGCAAAUUAGUAUUGAUUAGUGUAUUUCAGAAAAUAACCGGACAAUAUAUAUGGUUAUAAUUAGUCCCCUACUGUGAAACCGGAAGAAACUAUAGGUUUACCCUCCGUCUGUCCAUCUGUCCGUCAGCAAAAAAGAAGUGGAUUAUGCGAUUACUCAAAAAGUACAUAAGCUAGGUUCAUGAAACUUGGUGUGUAGUUACAGGACGAUAUGUAGAUUAUCCACAUCAUUUUAUUUUUUCAGUCGGACUAAAAUUAUUGGUUGCUAUGAUAACAGAAAUUCCGUCUGUCCUUCAGCGAAAAAACGUGGAUUACGCGAUUACUCAUAAAAAAGGGUCCUAGCAGUAUCUAUGACAGCACAGGCCCAAAUCAGCCUUUGGGGCACAAGAUACAUAUGUACAGUUCUUGAGAUAAAAUUUUAACGCUUUUGUAUGCUACACAUUUAUAUGCAUGCUUAAAUCUGCACAUACAGUUAUUACAAUAAAAAUUAUCUCAAAGCAGGUGGAUCUUUAGAAAUUUUGUUCAGUAUAAAUUUUAUGAAAAGUUCAUGCCAGAUAUAUUUUCUGCUUCUUUUAAGUGCGUAAAAAAUCAUUGUUUCUGACCAUGGUCUGUAUCCUUUCCAACCAUGGUUUACAUACAUAAUGUCUGUGUCAGUUUGUUUUUAACCAUGGUUGUAAUUUUUCACCAUGGUAACAAAGUUGACCAUGGUCAGUCAUAUCUCAACCAUGGUCUACAUCAGUUGUCCAUGGUGGCCUUUUUUUCAACCAUUGUUUGACCAUAGUCAACCAUGUCAAAAUUUCUGGUCCAACCAUGGUCAAACCUGGAAUGGCUAUGCUGAACCAUGGUUGUAAUGGUUGAACAUGGUCACAUUUCGCAGGGGGUUGUCACUCAUUGUCUGCGUUAACGCGUGUUAGUUAAGUUUUUCGGUUAAGUUUUUUAAAAUCAACAUAUCUCCAGGUUAAGUUUUUCAAACAGACUUUGGUCAAAGUUUGAAGUGGUUAGGCGCUUGACUGUCAAUCAAGAGGUCAUGCCAACCUCUGCAGCGAUUACUUCCCCUUGCGAUACAGUAACUAAUGAACGCCAGGGAAGGUAACUGCUGCGAAUAGCUUGGAGGUCGUGAGGUUGUAUCACGCCUUUGGCGCUUGAAAUUUGAAAUUAAUAGUACAUGCUUAAAGACUUGUGUAAAUAAAAGAUCAGAGCAGAAAAUAAAAUAUGAAAACCGU